AUUAUGUUUCGCGAUUAAAACGAAGAGCGAUAAAACUGAGGGGUAAAGAAGCCGCGUGGACGCUAAUUCUGACGAUUUGAUUCUGUAAUGGGACGUAGAGACAACAUAAAGAUGCAUCAGCUACCUGUGAUCUUCGUUCUAAUGAUUUUAAUGUUCGUUGGCAGUGUGUUCCCCGUGUCACAAAAGGAUGGACAGGACAGAAGUGCAGUAGACGUUACUACAACCACCAUUUCAAGCGCCAAUGGUACCAAUCAUAACGCAACGGUUGCACCUUCGGUCAAAGCGGAAGGAAAUAAAAUGGAAAACUUAAAUAGUAUCAAGGCUGUUGUACCGUUGAAAAAUGCAACUACGUCGAAGGAAACAGCACCGCUGAGUAUACAGAAACCAACUGAAAAUGAGAUGUCUAAGGAUAAUUCCACAAAAGAAGCAGAAGAUAUGCUUAAUAGUAACCCAAGUGCACCGCAUGAUAGCGGUGAAAAUUCGGACGACACUUCGCCGUCGAGUACGAUAGAGUCCACAACAACCAUGGUUGCCGCGAGCAACAAGACUAAGACGAGUAAGACGGAAUCUCAGGCACCUCAGACUCCACCUGAUGAAAGUAAGGAAAAAGAUGAGAAGAAAAAUGAGAUAAACCUGUUAAAUCCAACAGAAACCACGCAUCAAGUAACGUACGACGUUGCAUCCAGCGAAACGAGUCAUCCUUCAAAUGUGAAUGACACAGGCAAAGACGCAAAACCUGCCGUUAAUCAUACUGCAACAUCGAAUAGCUCAGUAGCGCCGUUAGUCGCGGAUAUAGCUGCAAAUGCAGAGCCUAAAGAGGUCGUUGCAGAGGUGAAACCGACUACUCAUAGUCGAAACAAUAGCAUGUCAUCGGGAGUCAUAGCGUUGGUUAUUGCGAUGAGCUUUGGUAUCGCAAUUGCGACAGUAUACGUUGGAAUGAUUGUCUGGAGGCGAUAUAACGAGUAUAGGUACGGCCAUCGUGAGUUACUUGUUAAUGAAUUAGAAUUUGAUACUAAUGAGUUGCGACACUUUGAGCUAUAAUUAAGAAGAAAAAGAAGAAACCUGCAGAAAGGAUACCAUUGAAUGACUCACAUCCAUGGCUGGUACCAUA